GGCGCCGGGCGCAGAGCAGCUCAGACUUUUCUCCGCUCAGGUGCGCCUUGAAGACAGAAAUGCGCGUAAUGGAGCGCACUUUCCGCGAGCAGCUCUUCUUUCUGGUGUUGUGUCUGUUCGUCCUCAAAGGAGACUCCAGAUAUAUUGAGAACAACGAUAUCUUAAAGGAUGACUUAUAUUCAUUUUUCAACGCGGAACUCAAGAGAGAAAUACCAGAGGAAUUAAUGUACCGCCGACCUUUACGUUGUCUGGACAUGAUUGCAGUGGAGGGUCAGUUCACCUUCACAGCGGAGCGGCCUCAGCUCAGCUGUGCAGCUUUCUUCAUGGCAGAACCAAAUGAAGUCAUCACUGUGGAUUAUGACAAUGUUGACAUCGACUGUAGGGGAGGAGACUUCAUCACGGUGUUUGAUGGCUGGGUGAUGAAAGGUGAGAAGUUCCCCAGUACUCAGGACCACCCCCUGCCCAUGUAUGAGCGGUAUGUGGAUUACUGUGACUCAGGAUCACUGAGGAGAACCGUGCGCUCCUCCCAGAAUGUGGCCAUGGUCUUUUUCCGCAUCCACAAUGCCGGCAGCAGCUUCACUCUGACAAUCAGGAAACUCAUCAACCCCUUCCCCUGUAAUGUCAUCUCCCAGUCACCAGAGGGCAGUUACACAAUGGUGAUCCCACAGCAGCACAGAAACUGCAGCUUCUCCAUCAUAUAUCCAGUGGAGAUCGACAUCUCAGAGUUCAGCCUGGGACACUACAACAACUUUCCUAAGAGGUCCAUGCCUGGAUGUGCAGAAUCUGGAGACUUUGUGCAGCUGCUGGGAGGAAACGGCAUCGACACGUCCAAACUGCUGCCUAUCACAGACCUCUGCAUCUCCUUCACCGGCCCCACCCAGAUGAAGAUUGGCUGUGAUAACACGGUGGUGAGGAUGGUCUCCAGCGGGAAGUUUGUCAACCGAGUGUCUUUCAGCUACAGGCUACUGGACGCCCAGGAACUGCAGACGAUCAAACUCAACAACGUGGAAGAUUUCUGUUUCAAUAACUGAUCCAGCUGGAUCAUAUGGUUACAAAUGCAUCAUUUGACUGCAAACAUUUGAAAUGUAUUUUAUUACACAUUUAAGGACUGCCCCUUUCUUUUAAAAGUUAAAUAAGACAGAAUACACAGAAUACACAAGAGUGUAUAAAAUGACACACACACACACAGUCACCGCGGUAUUAUUUAAUUAUUAUUAUUAUUAUUAUUAUUAUUAUUAUUAUUGUUGUCUUAACUUCCAAAUCAACUGGAAUCUUUCAUUUUUCUUUUUAGUAUUUUCAUUCUUGUUGUUACUGAAUAAAGCAAAAUGAAGUAUCCUUUUGUGUUUGGUGGAGCUGCAGUUGUUUUUAUGUUUGCUUUGUGUAUAAAACUCCAUGUGUAUUUAUUCAGACCAGACUUAGGCUUCUGUCAUGUUUCUACGUUUAUGCUCAACAUCAGCAUUCUUGAAAAGGAAUGGUGCUAAAAUGAAUGUUUCCUUCUAUUUAUUUUGCUGAAUGAUACAUGAUGUGCCAUAUGAGAUUGAGGGCGAUAGACUCAGUGUUCAGUGCGAUACAUAAGUUUACUCAUUGCUGUUAUAGAUUUGUAUAAAAACCUUUUGUAAUAAAAUUAUACUGCAUGACCAAGCA